UUCCAGGUGAUGACCAAGGUCGUCCUGGCUGGAGCCAUCUUGGGGACAGUGUAUUACUACUUUGCGAUGUUGGUGUCGGACUCAGAGCUACGUCUGCACCAGUUGGGUUUCCUGUGCAGUGCCUUCACCAUCUCCAUGUAUCUCUCGCCACUCGCUGACCUGGCCAAGAUAGUCCGAACCCGGUCAACAAAAUGCCUCUCGUUCCCACUGACGGUAGCAACCCUCUUGACAUCGACCUCCUGGACUCUGUACGGUGCUCAGCUCACAGACCCCUACAUUGUGAUUCCAAAUGUCCCGGGAAUCCUCACCAGUCUCGUGCGCUUUUGGUUAUUCUGGAGGUUUUCCCCUGUGCAGGAGAAAUUCCCCUUUCGGCCCGUUCAGGCCUAAGGCCUAACUCGGGCCUAAGGCCUAACUCAGGCCUAAGGCCUGACGCCAAUUCAUUUUGCCUUGCCUCCUCUGGUCGGGGAAACUGCGUACCAUUCCUAAAAUCCCACGGGAGCAGACAGACCUUUGGACGAUCCCCGGGGAUUAAGGGACAGAUCGCUUCACAGCCAACACGCUAUCGCCAAAUUGUCAGAGGAGAAUAUUUCAACUGGAGAGAGAAAAUUGUUCACAGAAUCAGCCGUGGUUCGGGUUCGGAUUUCAAUCUUAGUCGGAAAUGUCUUUUGGUCGUGAACUGACUCUCACUGGGGUAUGGGCGUCUCUCACACACACACAAACUCUCUCACUAGGGUAUGGGCGUCUCUCUCACACACACACACACAC